ACGCGUGUGUGUUGUUGGUGUGUGUGGGUGAGUGAGAUGGCAAGAAGCACGGAGUAAGCUUCAGCACGUCCUAUAUGCGAAUUUUACCACUGCCUGGCCGUCCGGCUUCCUCGCACCAAUAUCUGGGCGAGAGUGCGAUCGUCCUGUUUGGAUGCUGAAACUGAGUCUGCGUGAUAUCGUCGCUGCGUGGUUCACUUGUGGUCACGCGGCAGGGAGGACAUCAUCUUGGACCUGCAAGGGGGAGAGGCAGUGCGGCUAGGGGAUGAGCGAUGGGAAAGCUUCACCUGUUGAAGGCCUGCUCUUCACUUACUAUCACUCUGACUCCUCCAUCACCUGUCAAUAUGACAACCUCAGCCCUGCGUAGGCAGGUGAAGAACAUAGUGCACAACUACUCUGAAGCGGAGAUUAAGGUUCGCGAAGCAACCUCAAAUGAUCCAUGGGGCCCAUCAUCGUCUCUCAUGUCAGAAAUCGCUGAUCUGACCUUCAAUGUGGUGGCUUUUGCCGAAGUCAUGGGCAUGGUGUGGAAGCGCAUCAAUGACAGCGGCAAGAACUGGAGGCAUGUCUACAAGUCCCUGACUCUGUUGGACUAUCUGCUGAAGACGGGAUCGGAGAGAGUGGCUCAACAGUGUCGAGAGAACGCCUUCACGAUUCAGACGCUUCGUGAUUUUCAAUAUGUUGACCGUGACGGCAGAGACCAAGGGGCCAAUGUCCGAGAAAAAGCACGCCAACUGGUGUGCCUUCUACGGGAUGAAGACCGUCUUCGACAGGAGAGAACUCAAGCUCUGAAGACCAAAGAGCGAAUGGCAGGGGGAGCCGGUGUGGGUGGAGGGGCCAUGUACGGAGGAAUACCCCCAUCCUAUCACCCAGGCAGGCGGACCAGCCAGCCCAGUAUGGCUGUACUCUAUGGGGAAGAGUUAACCCGCUCCAGAGGUUCUCCAUCCCCCUUUAACUCAGCCUCCUCUUCAUCUCCUCGGGGUGCCUCGGAACUGGAACAGGCUCGACCUCAAACCAGCGGGGAAGAGGAACUCCAGCUGCAGCUGGCUUUAGCCAUGAGCAGAGAGGAGAAUCAGAAGAUCAAGUGCUCACUGAUGACGUCAAUGAUGGCACCCCUGCAGGAGCAGCACUGUCACCAAGGAGACGAGUCUGUCCUGCAGAAGGUCCUGGAUGAGAGCAGGAGAGCGAGCCGGUCGGGAACGCAGGUGUCGACCACGCUGGACCUAGUGGAUUUCCUUGGCGCAUCCUCUGAGAAGCCACCUCCACCUGGUGACCUCUGGGACUCUGCACGGCCUUCCUGUAACAUUACUUCUGAUCCUUGGGAUUCUGUAGCCGUCAUAGCCCCCCCAGACCCAUCCGCGGAUGCCGCUAAUCCUUGGGCUGCGUAUGCCGACUCACGCCGAGAGCUCUGGGAGGCGGUACCCACCUGCAGCCCUGCAGUUGAUCCAACGUGGGAUAGGACCUCCGGACACGGGAUUGAUGGGACAUAUCCUGUCAGUGCUUCUGAAGAGGAGAGGCAUCAGCAAGAAGUUCCUCAACUGUGUUCUCCUCAGCCAGCUAGCUCGACAGCAGAUUUUGAGCUACGUGGGUCUGCGGAUAUAUUCUGUGGAGCAACUUCAAGCACUGAUCCCUUCAGGAAUGAAGCUCGGGUCAAACCCCAGCUCAACGGACGAGACUCGGACAGUCCAGAGAUGUUUGAUCUGUCACGACUCGCGCCCCCUGUUAGCACUACGACGCGUGUGUGUCAGACCCCUGAGGCCUUCCUUGGACCUACGGGGGCUUCGUUGGUCAAUUUGGAUGCACUGAUAGCUCCUACUCCGCCAAGCAAGGCGCGCAACAACCCAUUCCUCUCAGGUCUGAGCGUGCCAUCUUCCACCAACCCCUUCCACUGUGACCAGCGUCGCCUUACCCUCAAUCAAAUGCGUCCAUCUUCGACAUCUCCGCUGCCCUCGCACAUGCUCUCCUACAGUCCGUCACUUCCACUCCCUCUCCAUCACAGGGGGGCAGCCCUUCCCUCCUCGCACACCCAGCCUCCCACCAAACUUAUGGAACUUCCCUCUAACCUCCCCCAACCCCUGCUCCCCAUCUCUCCUCGCCCGAGACCCCAAGCACAGACGCACAGCCACAAUCCAUUCCUCUGAGACUUCAUUUGCCCUUCUUAUUGACACACUAGUCUAGACGACAACAUGAGCCUGAAUCAGAGUCAAGAUUCUGUUCAAUAUCAGCAUAUUCACAUGUGAAACGGAUCAAACGUGGACAUGACAUGGACAUGUGAAACGUAUUUGUGUCUGUCCUCAGACACAUCAGCUGCUACAUGUAACCGAACCUGAAGCCCCGAGAGCACUGCAAAUUAAAGACAAAUGAGAAGCCUGA